AUUGAUCAAUAUUAUUAAGACCAAACUUAUCCCCUUCAAUUUACAGCCAUUGUCAAAUACCCAGAAACUGCUUAGCCAAUUACCCAGUAAGAAGCAGGAAAGAUGGCAAGCAGAUUGGUGGUUGUUCAACAACAUCAACCUUCUUCUUUGGCAUUCCUUCAUUCUUCUCUCUCCUCUGACUUUAAUGGCUGCAGACUCACUCACUCUGUUCAGUUCAAGAGAAAUGUAGUGCAACCAAAAGGAGCAUUACAUGUUACAGCAUCAAGUGCCAAGAAAAUCCUUAUUAUGGGAGGCACCCGAUUCAUUGGUUUAUUCUUGUCAAGACUCCUUGUCAAGGAAGGACAUCAGGUGACUCUAUUUACAAGAGGAAAAGCACCAAUUGCCCAACAGUUGCCUGGUGAAUCAGAAGCUGAAUUUGCUGAUUUUUCAUCCAAGAUCCAGCACUUGAAAGGUGACAGACAGGAUUUUGAUUUCGUCAAAAGCAGCCUGUCUGCUGAAGGCUAUGAUGUUGUUUACGACAUAAAUGGGAGAGAGGCAGUUGAGGUAGAACCAAUAUUGGACGCGCUUCCAAAGCUAGAACAAUAUAUUUACUGCUCCUCGGCUGGUGUCUACCUUAAAUCAGACCUCAUGCCACAUUGUGAGGUAGAUGCUGUUGAUCCGAAGAGUAGGCACAAGGGAAAGCUUGACACAGAGAGCUUGCUUCAGACAAGGGGGGUAAAUUGGACUGCUUUAAGACCUGUAUACAUCUAUGGUCCAUUGAACUACAACCCUGUCGAAGAAUGGUUCUUCCACCGACUCAAAGCUGGCCGCCCAAUUCCUAUCCCUGGUUCAGGAAUUCAAAUUACCAGUCUUGGUCAUGUUAAGGAUUUGGCAGAUGCUUUCGUACGUGUUCUUGGAAACGACGUAGCAAGCGGGCAAGUCUACAACAUUUCUGGAGACAAGUAUGUAACCUUUGAUGGACUAGCAAAGGCGUGUGCUAAGGCUGGUGGAUUUCCAGAACCUGAGAUAAUCCAUUACAACCAAAAGGAGUAUGAUUUUGGCAAAAAGAAGGCUUUCCCCUUCCGUGACCAGCAUUUCUUUGCAUCAAUCGAAAAGGCGAAGAAAGAACUUGGAUGGAAACCAGAGUUCGACUUGGUGGAAGGUCUUACAGACUCAUACAACCUUGACUUUGGAAGGGGAACAUUCAGGAAAGCAGCUGAUUUCUCUACAGAUGACAUGAUUUUGGGCAAGACCCUUGCUACUGUCUAGAACAAGAACAACUAUCUCUUGUUGUAACCUACAAUUUUCGUCUUCUUUAAGAAUAUUUUGAUUACAAUAUGAGAUUAGUGUCUGUAAAAUGAAUGAAUUAUGCAAAUAUUAUACCGCGAAUUCCAAUUUGUA